UUAAGACGCGCGCGGAUAUCCGGCGUGUGUGAUCUGCCAUUUUGUUUCAGACCGUUCAAGGGUAUUCAGAGAGACGCAGAAACAGACUAAAUAAACAUGUACCGCUUCGCUAAAGCUGCUCUGAACCUCACUGGUCAAGCUUCCCGUCAGGUUGCUGUGCGACAUGCCUCGUCAGAUUUAUCCCCAGAGUUUCACGCAAAGUACGGCACACCACUGCUGAUUGCCGGAGCCACAUUUUGCACUGCAGUCUGGGGCUAUGUGAUCACAUCGACCGGCAUUGCAUGGAAUCUGUCUCCUGUAGGCAAGGUGCAGCCCAAGGAAUGGAAGGAGUAAUGGAUGCACCACCUUCAGGUUUCCUCUUCGUGUGGACGUGGUGCGAAGGAACAUCCCAAACAUUCUGAACUUUUCCAUUUUCCUUAAUGGAUACGCUCUAUACCUAAGCCGUACUGUUGGCCUGGCAUGUCUGUAAAAAUGUAAUAAAUUAAAUAAUGAAUACA